AUGGCUCAGUCAUCCAGCUCAUUACCGCUACCAGUGAAGGAUGAUCGACAGAAUUUUGAAUUAGAUCUCAAUCUCAUGGACAGUCUCGUCCCGAACAAGUUCCAAUCUGAUAACCCCGAUGCGACUAUCGAAGGUGUCAUGAGAGAUAUUGAGCACGCACCGUUGCUAUCGGCCCCUGUAGUCGCUCAGCACGCGAAAGACUUGGUCCCGCAAUUCGGCUUCAUGGGUAAUCACCGGGAUGAAGCAGGACAUGCCGUUAAGCUGUUUCACAACACUAACGUGCCUUUGUCCGCAUUCAUAUGCGGUGUUCAAGGAAGUGGUAAGAGUCAUACUACAGCUUGCAUGCUCGAAAAUGCUUUGAUCCCAUCCAAGCACCUCGGCCGCUUGGAAGCGCCUGCUUCUGCACUAGUCUUCAGCUAUGGAAGUUGGAGCACCGGUGGUGCAGGCUUCAGCGUCAGCGAAGCUGUCCAUCUAUCUCGUGCGCGGUCCGCUUUUCCUGGGCACAACGUACGAAGAAUCACUGUGUUGGUCUCCGCGCACAAUGGAGCGAUCGGGAGUUACUACGAAGAUCCGUCUCGUAACAUCCGCGUGAUUCCGUUCAAACUCAACGCCAGGGCUCUCGACAUCGCCGGUUUGCGUGCUUUGAUGGGUAUUGGAGAUAAGAGCCCCCCACUCUACAUGGGCCAGGUCGAAAUGGUACUCAUGAAGAUGUCUGCCACAAACAAAGAUGGGCGACUCGAUUACAAGUCGUUCACCAAGGCAGUUCAGAAGAUAGAUCUAAACGAAGCGCAAUCGCAAGCCCUCAAACAACGUUUAGCGAUGCUUGAGUCCUUCCUCGAUCUGGACGGCAAGGCGGUGGAGCCAGAUUUCCUUCCAGGCGAGAUGAUCAUUAUGGAUCUGUCCGAUGCCUUCAUGUCAUCGAGCACAGCCUGUGUUCUUUUCAAGCUGGGCUUGGACCGCUUUCUGGAGUCUCCCGUCAAGAGUAAGAUGGUAGUCUUGGACGAAGCGCACAAGUAUAUGUCUGAUAGUCCAGGAUCCAAGUUUCUCGCAGACAGUCUCCACCAUACCAUCCGUGUGCAGCGGCACUUGGGUACCCGUAUGAUCAUCUCCACUCAAGAACCGACCGUGUCCACAGAUCUUAUUGCGCUUUGUAACAUGACCGUCAUCCAUCGCUUUUCGAGCCCUACCUGGUAUGCCGCGCUCAAGAGACAUAUCAGCGCGCUGGGCGAUGACGACAAAGCUCUCAUGCAGCGGAUUGAGGGAUUGGAAACCGGAGAAGCGCUUGUGUACUGUCCGAGCACUGUCCUCGCGAAGAAUGACGACGGAAGCUUAGUGAAAGCUACGGGCCGACUGCUCAAGGUCAACAUCCGGAAAAGGAUAACGCAAGACGGCGGCGAGUCGAUCAUGGCCGUGUGA